AUGAGCCCGAUUGAGGAGCCGCGGGCGGCGGGCGGCGCGCGUGCGCAGAGGCGCCGAGGCUACACCUUCCCGGCCGCGGUGGCAACUGCACCCCGAGGUGCGGCGCGGGGGCCUGGCGAGCGUGCACGCCGCGGGGGGCGCGUCGGCGCGACUGUCGCCCGCGAGGAAAGAUGUUCGGUUUCCACAAGCCAAAGAUGUACCGGAGUCUCGAGGGCUGCUGUAUCUGCAGGGCCAAGUCGUCCAGCUCGCGGUUCACGGACAGCAAGCGCUACGAGAAGGACUUCCAGAGCUGCUUCGGGUUGCACGAGACCCGCUCGGGCGACAUCUGCAACGCCUGUGUGCUGCUGGUGAAGCGAUGGAAGAAGCUGCCCGCGGGCUCCAAGAAGAACUGGAACCACGUGGUGGACGCGAGGGCGGGCCCCAGCCUGAAGACGACCUUGAAGCCAAAGAAGGUGAAGGCGCUGGCGGGGAGCAGGAUGAAGAGCAGCCAGAUGAGCAAGCUGCAGCAGCUCAAGCGCCACAACUCCGACGCCCACAGCACCACCUCCAGUGCCUCCCCCGCCCAGUCCCCGUGCUACAGCAACCAGUCGGACGAAGGCUCCGACACGGAGCUGCCCUCCGGCUCCAGCAGGACGCCCGAGUUCUCCUUCCUGGAUCUCACCUACUGGAAACGGCAGAAGGUCUGCUGCGGCAUCAUCUAUAAAGGCCGGUUCGGGGAGGUCCUCAUCGACACCCACCUCUUCAAGCCGUGCUGUGGCAACAAGAAGGCGGCGGCCGAGAAGCCGGAGGCGCCCGGGCCGGAGCCGCUGCCCGCACCCCCGCAGGAGUGGUGACGAGUGUCCGGGGAGAGCACAGCAACGAGACCACCCUCGCCUCCAGCUCCACGCCCGCUAUUCUGCCAAAAGACAGUUCUAGAAUAGUCCGGCGGGGGGCUGCCGCCCAGCUCCGCAGCCCCGAGCCAGCGUCCGGCGCCCCGAGAAGAGGCGGACGCCUUCAGACGCCGCGUGUCCGGGAAGCCGGGUGCUGCUGGAAAGUGCUCCUUAAGUCUGGGUUCUAUAGCCCCUCGGCACGGAGGGGACUCGGGGACGCUCAGGGCCAGAGCUGGGUUGUUGUAUGAUAAGCGUAUGUAGUUUUAGUCUUUCUCUUUGGAAAUGGUGUCGGGGCGUCUGUAAGGUGGCUGGCUACACUUGGUUCCCUCCAUCCCCCAGUGACCGUUGGACCGGGCCCAGCUCCUGGAGGGGUCUGUGGGGUCUUUUCUCAGUCUGCAGGGCGUGGGGAGUCCCUGCCGCCUCCUCAGGUGGACGUGAGCUAAGUUCUAGUGUCUAUGAAAUUUCUGAAGCGGACGCGAAGCUGCUCUGGGGAGACGGCCCGUGCGGGGGCCGCGCCCCCCGGGACUGGUACCAAAGCGACGCCGCGCCUCCGGCGGGGCCGUCUCCGUGUUCCGUGUCUUGACUUGCUUUAGCCUCUUGGCGCGGGGGUGUUCACUGUAUUAAGAGGACAGUUCUACUAAACGGAAGGAGGCGCGUGCUGCGCGAGGGGGCUGCCUUUGGUUUGGCUUCUCGGAGGACGGCGGCUGGACACGAGCACGUCCAGUGGCCAGUUGGUCCUCAGCACGGAGCUCAGUUCCAGAAUCUUCCCUGAGAAUCUUCUGGCUUGGACCCAAACCAAAGUGCUCUCAUUGCCUCUUUUCUAAAACUUCAGGAAAAAUAUAUCGCCAGGUAAGACUUUCUAAGAUGGGAUCAUUUGCCUACCUUAUAAAAACAUGACUUAGUGCUUAUUUUUUAAACUGGAUUUAAAAAAUUGGAUAGUAUAAAUAACAGUAAGGAGUGAGCCACUUUUUAUGGGCACCCUAUAGUUUUAUAGUUCUUAAGCUAAAGUUAAAAUUCUAUAUUUUUUCCUUUCGGAGAGAAAUCCCGGCCCCGACGGCGGGCGGGCUCCUCCCUGCAGCCUCCGGCCACGAGCCCAGCCGCGAUCUCGUCCUCCUGAGUUACUUGGAAAAGGUUUUGUUGGGGAUUUUUUUUUUUUUGUACAUUUUGGCUGCAGUAUUGGUGGUAGAAUAUACUAUGAUACGGAUCAUCUCGACUUCUGUAUUUAUUUAUUUAUUACUAGACCUCAACCACAGCCUCCCCCACCUGCCCGUAGGACGUACUGUAUGUAGUCAUGCACUUUGUAUUAAUAUAGUAGAAAUCUACACCUGUUUUGUACUUUUUAUACUGUUGGAUACUUAUAAUCAAAACUUUUACUAGGGUAUUGAAUAAAUUUAGUCUUAUUAGAAAA